AUGGAAACAUCAAUUCGUUGUUAAUAACACUAAGAAUUUUUAGUUUAAUACAUUUUCUUUUAGCAGAAAAAUAUUAAAUUUGGUUGUGUCGAGUGUAUUUCAGAAUUGCAAGAUGAAAAUUAGAGUGUAAAUAUAUUCAAAAAUAUUUUGUUAUUGCAUGAUAGACCCUAAAAGUUAUUAUCAUAGAUUUCUAAUAUAGAUGAUUAAACUCUAUAGUUUUAUAGUCGUUUUCAUAAGAAGACAGUGUCUAUAAUAACGUAAGCUUUCUAAAAUUGGGAAAACAAUAUGAGGAAUUUCCAAAAACAGAUAGACAACAUCAUCCUUUAACAAAAAGGAUUCGUGGAAGAACUUAUAGCCAACUAUAAAAACACAAUGUAAUAGCUUUCACAUGAAAUAAAAUUUGAAGAAUUCUAAAAUCUUAUUAAGGAAUUUGGAACUGCUAAUGAAAAACUUCAAAAUGAUGUUUUAGAUUAGAUAUCACAUAAAAUUACUCAGCAUUUCGAAAGUUUGGAUAAAAACAAUGCAAAACAAUUAAAUGAAUCAUUAAAAAGAAUAAAAUAAGAGUAUCUAAAAUAUUAAGAAAAUAUUAAUCUGCCUGAUGUUUAAGAGUUUUAAAAUUCUUUUUAGUAUAUGAUUAAAUCAACAGAUGAUUUACAUUCAUAGAUUGGCAAAUCUUUAAAUUUUGUGAAUCAAAUGAAUUCUGCAAUAAUUCCUAACAGUUACUCAAAAUAUUUAAUAGGACUGAUUAAAAACAAAUUAAAUUAAGAUAUCAAAUAAAUAAAAGUCAUAUAUUUGGGAUCGAGAGAUGGGCUUAAUGGUUAAUCUUUGUGGAACAAAAUUGAUGGAAAAGAGCAUUUAAUAUAUAUUUUUAAAUCAAAAAACCCUGGAAAUUAUGUUUUUGGGUCAUAUGUUUCUUGCAAAGUUAAACAAGAUUUAAACAAUUGGUAAUCUGAUGAAUCUUUGAGUUCAUUUAUUUUUUCUUACACUCACAAUGAGAUUUAUCCUUUAAAAUAAUCUGAAAGAUAACAUGCUAUUCUGUGUUAACCGAUUAGCUAUGCUGUUUGGAUUGGAAUGAGUGGAAAUAUAGGAAUUUGUAACGACUUUAUUAAUGGAUAAUCUUAUUUAGGUUCGUCAUAUGAAUGGGAUAAAUUUGAAAACAAAAGGAGUUCCCAUUUAUUUGGAGGAGAUACUCCAAACAUUGAAGAAUGUGAGGUUUAUGAAUUAUAAAUUUGA